AUGAUUCGAACCAGCCCCAUCUACAUCCCAACUGUGAGCAAUGACAGGGACUGGGACUUCUGCUUCCAUCUAUCCCGGCAAUCCAAGAUCCCAGCCCAUGAGCAAAGAGAUGAGUUUUAUCCCACGAGUGGGUCUGGAGAGAGUGAAGACGACGCUGCAGUCACGGGGAAGGCCAUCAACUCUAUGUCUCUCCCCAGAGAGAAGUUAGCUCAAUCACAGAAGAAGGUAGCUCAGCUGAUUAAGGAGAGAUUGAAUGUCCAAGCAAACAAGGAGCUGAUUCGCUGUGUCAUCCUUUCUCGGAUUAUUUUUGGGGAAGAACACUGGAAAUGUGCGCAGGCUGUGGCCAACCUGGCGUAUGGCUACCUGACACUGAGAGGCCUCCCAUCUCAGGCCAUGAAACAUGCCGAGUCGGCGAAGCCCACGUUGCUGACCUGGAAGGGAAACACCACCUCAGACAAGGAGAAAAAGGAGAUCCUGGAAGCUCUGGUCAUGCUCUACUAUACUCUGGGGGUGGCCUGCCUCCUGCAGAACCGUGGCAAAGAAGCUUAUAUCAACCUGCAGAAGGCAGAGAGAAACAUGAAGGAACUGAAAGAAUUCUUUGAGGAAGGUGUUUCUAGACUGCAGGUCUCAGAGAAGGACCUAACUGUUGCUUUGGGCAGAGCCUCCCUGGCCAUCCACAGGUUGAACCUCGCUCUGGCAUAUUUUGAAAAGGCAAUUGGCAAUGUUAUUGCCGCCAAGGGCAACAGGACUUCAGACCUGGUCAGUCUCUACGAGGAAAUCGCGCAGAUUGAGCAGUUGCGGCGGAACCAUGACCAGGCCAUCCAGUACUUGCAGCAGGCCCACUCUAUCUGUAUGUGCUUGUUCAGUGAAGUCAGCCCUCAAACUGCAGAGGCGAACGCAUUACUAGCCAAGGCUUAUGCCAUGUCCGGAGAGGUCCAACACAGGGCUGGCCCCAGAGGUAAUGAAGAAAACCCUGCCCCUCCCAAAGCUGAAGCCAAUGCAAAAGCUCUGAAGACCAAGAAAGCAGUGCUGACAGUCACCCACAGCCACAAGAAAAAGAUCAGCACGUCACCUACCUUCUGGAUACCCAAGGCACUGUGACUCCAAAAGCUACCGAGCUACCCUCAGAAGAGUACCCUCAGGAGACACAAGCCUGAACUGUACCAUCGUCAAGACCUGCAGACCACCAAGUCAGCUGUGAAGAUAGUAGAAAACAACAACCUACAGUUCAUUGUGAAUGUCAAGGCCAACCAGCUUCACAUCAAACAGGCUGUGAAGAAGCUCUGUGAUACUGAUACGGCCAAGGUCAGCACCCUGAGCAGAGCUGAUGGACAGAAAACAACAUGUGUUCACUUGACUCCUGACUAGGACGCUUUGGCUGCUGCCAACAAAAUUGGGAUCAUCUAA